AUGCUGAAGUUAGAAGCCAGCGUUUGUCAUGGUCUAUUUUUGGAGCGGUGAGAAAGAGCCGAUAAUGGCAAAGUGCUGGGCGCGGUACGUCCGCUACUUGAGACGGAAAACCUGCUCAUCACUCACUUAAUAAGACUCUUAUUCCGUGUCUGUUUGAGAGAAUUCACAGUGAAAGAAUAUAGGACAAACAUCAAAGACUCAUCUUAACCCACGCUGCACUACACAAGCCACAUUCUUCUCUGGAUUGGUUGUGAUAUCCCAUCAUGCCGCUGAUCGUGCUGCCCACCUCCCAGGUGCUGUGGCUGCGUGUUGCUGCCCUGCUGUUCACCUGCGUGGCCUUCAGUGUCGCAGCACACGGAGCCCAUCUGCUCCAUGGAGGAAUGGCUGACUGGUGCAUCUUCUGCUGGGCGUUCAGCUUCGCCUGCACGCUGCUGGUCCUGCUGGUGGAGCUGUUCAACCUCCAGGGUCGAGCCCCAGUGUCCUGGUCCAAUUUCCCCAUCACCGUCGCCUGCUACGCCGCCCUGCUCUGCCUUUCUGCCUCAGUCAUCUUCCCACUUUAUUUCAUCAAGGACCAGCAUAUGUAUGGAGACGCUCGCAGCUAUCGCAUCGCCUCCACCGUCUUCUCCUGCUUUGCAACGGUGGCCUACAUGGGGGAGGUGAGCCUGUCCAAAGCGAGGCCAGGAGAGGUGACAGGUUACAUGGCUACGGCUUCAGGCCUGCUGAAGGUGUGCCAGACCUUUGUGGCCUGUAUUAUCUUCAUCCUGGUCAGUGACCCUGUGUCAUACGACCGCCAUCCAGCGCUCAAGUGGUGUAUGGCCGUGUACUGCAUCUGCUUCAUCCUCUCCAUGGCUGUGGUGGUGCUGUGUGUGGGCGAGUGCACCGGCUGUCUCCCCAUCCCCUUCUCCAAGUUCCUGUCAGUGUACGGCCUCCUGGCGGACAUCAUGUACUUGAGCGCGACCAUCCUCUGGCCUGUUUUCCAGUUUGACGAACGCUACCAGCAGAGAGGAAAUAAUUCAAAAGUGAUCGCUGCGGCGGUGUUCACCGCUCUCAACUUCCUGCUUUACCUCGCCGACCUGGCCUAUACUGCCAGACUUGUGUUUGUCAACGCUUGAGAAGAGAGGGGGACACACUGAGUGAUGGAGAACAGAAAUAAAGAAUGUAAGAGCUUGACUGGCUUUGCAGAAGAGAGUAGCUGACAUUGAAUUUCUGAUAAAAAAAAAUCACAUUACUCUUCCUUUUUUGCUGUCUAAUUGUAAAGUGCUGUAAAAACUCACUUGCAUUGUGUAUGUUUAUAUCUACAGUGACAGUAUUUAACCUCUGAUGUGAAUUGGUCUGUGAUAAAUGUGUGUAAUGUGAAUGAUCCAAAAGUGGGAUUUUAAGUGAUGGUGCGACGAAAAAACAAAGUCAGCUUGUGAUGCUGUUAAAAUAAAGUGAAGUCAACACACUGGAGCACAGGUGAACAGCAGGCCUAUCAGUAUGGGCACAUUUGAAAGAAAGAAUUUAAGCAAAUAAAAUUUUAUAACGCUGAUUAAAAGACAAGUGCAGCAUGUCUUUGUUGCUCGUCAUCUGGUGUGGGUGGAGUUCAGGUUACCUAAAGGAGCACCAUAUUUGCAGAUAAGAGGGCGGAUGUUAUGAAUGAGGUUUUAAUGAACAGUGAUGUUGUUGUUUAAACUCAUAUCACUGCUUUAUGCAGAGAAUGUCCAGGCAGAGCCGCUUAACUCAACUUCAAACUUUAUUGUCAGUAUAUUUUUACAUGCAGCGAAAUUCUUCUUUAACUCAUUACUAAUUGAACACACACAUGCAACGUGCAGUGAGACACACAGGAGCAGUGGGCUGCCAUGGCAGGCGCCCAGGGAGCAGCUGGGGGUUAGGUGCCUUGCUCAAGGGCAUGUCAGUCUCUUCCUGCUGCAGCAUUUUCCUGAGUAUCUGAGUUGCAUCUUUCUGUACUUCUGAGUCAUAAAAAGCAGAAUUUGUUUCACUCAGUACUGAUGCAAAAUGACAGCAGCUUGGGAAUGAAACUGAAGUGGUUUGGGUCCAGUGAUUCUUUGGGAGGGGGUGCUGUUCAGUCCUUUGACUGGGGGUGAGGUCAGUGUGGAGGGACUCUAAGGGCAAGGAGGCAGUUGAAGGGUGCGGUCCCUGUAGCAUCAGAGCUACGUAUGUUCCAGCUGUGGAACGGUUCAAAAGAAGAAUGACAGAAUCAGAUAAAGGAGGGAAAAC